AUGUCCACCUUUGGUCAAAUUUUCCGUGUUACCACUUACGGUGAGUCCCACUGCAAAUCUGUGGGAUGUAUUGUCGAUGGUGUGCCUCCUGGUAUGUCUUUGACUGAAGAGGAUAUCCAACCUCAAUUGACAAGAAGAAGACCAGGUCAAUCUAAGCUAUCCACUCCAAGAAAUGAGAAGGACCGCGUUGAGAUUCAAUCAGGAACAGAAUUUGGUAAGACUCUAGGUACUCCAAUUGGAAUGCUAGUUAAGAAUGAGGACCAAAGACCCCAUGAUUACAGUGACAUGGACAACUUCCCAAGACCAUCUCACGCUGAUUUCACAUACAUGAGCAAGUAUGGAAUUAAGGCUUCCUCUGGUGGUGGUAGAUCAUCAGCCAGAGAAACCAUUGGCCGUGUUGCUGCAGGUGCCAUUGCAGAGAAGUUCUUGAAGCAAGUGUCUAAUGUUGAGAUCGUGGCAUUCGUGUCUCAGAUCGGUUCAAUCAAAAUGAACAGAGAUGCUCAAGAUCCAAAAUUCCAACACCUUCUAAAUACUAUCACCAGGGAAAAGGUUGACGCAGCUGGUCCAAUUAGAUGCCCGGAUUCUUCUGUGUCUGAGGCUAUGGUCAAAGAAAUCGAAAAGUACAGAGGAGAAAAGGACUCUAUUGGUGGUGUCGUUACCUGUGUGAUCAGAAACGUACCUGUGGGUCUAGGUGAACCAUGUUUCGAUAAAUUAGAAGCUCUUUUAGCACAUGCUAUGCUUUCUAUCCCAGCCUCUAAGGGUUUUGAAAUCGGUUCUGGUUUCGAAGGUGUUUCCAUUCCAGGGUCCAAGCACAAUGACCCAUUCUACUUCGACGAAGAAACCAAAAGAUUGAGAACCAAGACGAACAACUCUGGUGGUAUCCAAGGUGGUAUUUCUAACGGUGAAAACAUCUACUUCUCCGUUCCAUUCAAAUCCGCUGCUACCAUCUCCCAAGAACAACCUACAGCUACUUACGACGGUAAGGACGGUGUCCUCGCCGCUAAGGGUAGACACGACCCUUCCGUCACACCAAGAGCUACCCCUAUUGUCGAAGCUAUGGCUGCUCUGGUAUUAGCAGAUGCAUUCCUAAUUCAGAAAUCAAGAGAAGCCGCUUUCUCUAUCGUUUCAUAA